UUGGGUCCCCACUUGGCUUGGGCCAAGAGCUUCCCGGGGUCUCUCCUCUCUCUCUCUCUUCCUCCAGACAUGGCGUCCGGCAGGGAUGGCUGCCACCCCCUCGUUUCGGGAUCCUUCGCCUCUUUCCACUUCAGCACCCUCGUGGCGCUGAGCUGCCUCUUUUUCACUUUCCCGGGCACCUGGCUGGGCCUGAAUGUCUCCUGGGCUUUUCCCAUCAUUUGUGGCAACCUUCUCAUCCCAACCAUCCUUUACUUCUGCCUCACCAGUUUCACAGACACGGGAAUCCUCCAUAAAGGUAAGGCAGAGUGUUCCCUAUCUUUGUUCAAUACAGUACUAAGGAGCCAACCCUUCAUAACUUGCAUCCUCACACAAGGUCUCCCAGCCAGUAUGACUUGCAGAGCUCCCAGCCGGUACGGCUCACAUCGCUGGGAGUUCUUGUUUGAGGUUGCAAGCUGGGAAGGGUUGGCCCUGAUUACUACUGGAAAAGAGACCACCAGGAAAUCUUAG